UCAUUUUAUAUCCGUACGCAUCUGUCAGUUUUUCCGCCAAUUUCUGUUUUUGUAAAUAACAUUAUUUUAGUGUUAAAGUUUGGGUAUAUUUGCUGAGAAGUGCGUGUUGCAGUUGUAAACAGGCUUUAGCCAUUUGUUUAGUCCUAAAGCAAUGGAGGGCGCGGUGACCCCCGAAGGCGGGCGUCGCACCCGCGCAGCCCUCGCCGAGAUCCCUGCGCGCCUGGAUCGCCUGCGGGUCACGCCGCUACAGCCGCUCACUAACACGCGCGAGCGCUCGCCCGCGCUGCCCGCCGGGUACCUCAGCCCCGCGCCGUCGCCUGACGAGCUGCUGAUACAGCAGAGAGGGCGUAAACGCCUGCCAACAACAUGGUCGCCCGACAUCGACUUGAAACGCAACUCCUCAUUCCAUUCUUUAAUACGCACGCCACCCAAAAAUACGGGUCGUUUCUCGCCCCCAAAGCUCGGGGUUACUCUGCGAUCCACCCCGCGGAAACGCUUACUCCUGGGCGACGUGGAAAGAAUCCCCCUGACACCAGAAAAGAUUGACUUCUCUGACAUCAGUACACCACAGAAGUUCAAAAUAACCAGUCCAGUUAAAGCGACACCGCCGUCCAAGAGGUCCAGGGUCGAAAAACUGACAGAGUUCAAAGGGCCUAUUGAUGUCGCCCUCAAAGGACUCAGUCCCACUCAACUUAUCAACAUGAUCAAAACCAUCACGUACAAACAUCCCGAAGUGGAGGAUGAGAUCCGCAAGGACAUGCCAGUUCCUGACUUGUCACCUUUAGAAGAGAGGUUAAAUUAUUUGAAGUCGAACAUCUUCAAGAGUCUUCCGACCUCCCGUCUCACGUCCAAGACGGACUCACCUGCGUAUUCCCGUGUGGCGACUCACUUGGCCGCCUUCAAGAAGUGCGUUGUAGACCAAGGGAAGGUGUUAGUGGAAUCUCAACAUUGGGAGUCGGUAUUGGAGUAUGUUUUUCUAGCGUGGAGUUACGUUAGGGCAACGCCGGUGUGGGAUAAUCAGCCCCAUAAUGCUCAACGCAAACAGUGCUUUAGAGCACUUACGAAUUACUGCAUGACCGCUCUGAAGAAAGGUGGGAUGAGUCCAGACGUUUUGAUUGAUGUCCAGGACAAACUGCAGGGAAUGGUCGCAGACAACGAGGAAAUACAGUCGUGUCUGAAACUCAUCCAAGGACAACUGCAAGGAUCUGCAUAGGUACAUCUGUACCUGACUUGAUUUGAAA